AUGGAUAAGAAACAGCCUUUGGCUGCCAUUUUGGAACACCUUGGUCUGCCAAGGGAUGCUUACAAGGAAGAAUCUCUGGCAGAAAUCUACGAUACACCUUUGGGAAAGGGUCUCCUGGAAUGGCUGGCUGGGCAAUUCGAGACGGGACCAAGUGUUUCGGGUGAAGAUGGGGCUUUGGAUUCGAAGCUCAAGGCUGCAGCUACGGAUAUAGCUUUGGAGUCUAAGGAAAUUACAAUCCUGGAACAAUUGGCGUUGAAGGGAAGGCAUAACCUGAAUGACGAAGCCAACGAUGAAGUAUCAUUGAAGGAUUAUGUCAAGCCCUCUGAUUACAAGGGACAAAUCACGAACGCUAAAGCUGAAACGCGUAUAAGGAACGAGGAGCUGGCAUUUUUGAAAAGACGGCUUGACCUCACAAAAAAGGCCUCUUCAGAUCUUCGCAAGUCUAUAGAGAGACUGCAAGCGACGUCCAAGGCUUUAGAUAAUGAAAUCGCGAAGCAGCGGGACGGGUUGGUCGAGUUGUCGUCGGAGGCUGACAAAGUCAUGUCCUCUACACGCCUUGAAGCUUCCGCUCUCCUCGAGGCUUCCGUCCAAGAACCAUUGGUGAACGACACACAAACUCUCGCAGCUCUCUCCUCGACCAGAGACGACUUGAUCGACCGGCUUCAGUCCAUGAAACUCUCUUCUUCCGGUUCGACAGAGCUCGAUCCCAGCAGGAUAGAAGCAGAAGCUCAAUCACUCCAGGAAAAGAUUAACAAGAUCGAUUGGGAACGUGCUGAGAAGGGUGCUUUCAUUGCGCAGCUGGAGCGAAUGUGUGAGGCCAUCGAGGGGGGAAAGGAUGUCACUGACCUGACGGUGACGGCGGAUGAAUUGGACGGGGGAGCUGGCGGGCGCGUACUGGUAGAUCGUGGUAUCCUCGACGAAGUGGCCAAGGCGUGGAAUUUGCAUCAGGCUACCAAUAUCAAGGCGAAAGGGAAGGGUUUGGACCAGCUUCUUUCCGAGAUACCAGUCAGGCUCUUGAAGCUUCUGGAACAUCUACAUUCCAGGUUGUCGGGGGAUGUUGACAACGUUCGAGAAGCUGAGGUUUUGAUUCGGGUGCUGGGCGAAGAACUGCAUGACUUGAAGGAGGACCUUGCUUUUGCCAAGUCGAGAAUCACCACCCAAGAUGAAGCCGUGGGUUCAGACGACGAUGCACUACUGCAAGAGCAAUUGACGAAUCUGUUAGAGGAGUUGAAAGAUCACUGUCCUGAGGAUUCCGACCCUCUGUCGAUAAACACCCCAGACGACUUGAUCUCGGAAAUCGAGUCGCUCUUGGCGCGCGAACGGCUUCUUCAGAAUGGUGCUAAACGUUGGCAAUCGUCCAUUUCCGAUGCUCUACGGCGAAACCGAAACUCAUUCGACGAGAUUCUAAACGGCACUGUCUAUGCGAACUCCACAAUGAACACGUCCUCUCCCUUUCAGCCCAGUCCUGAGGCGGAGGCACUGCAAAGGAAGGCCGUGGAUGUAGCGAAGACUUUGGAAAAUGAGAUGGAGAGGUUGAGAAGUGCCGCAGGUGGAUUGUUGGAGAACGAUAGAAAUAGGAAAACGUUCACCAAGUUUGUAGAUUACCAUUUGAAAUAG